CGAUGACUGUGAUCUUUCAGGCGUGCUCCAUGGAAUGGAGAAUUAUCUGUAUCUGUGUUCACAUAUGCAGCGUACUCGUCUUGUUACAGCGCUACCUGAACCGGCCAAACCACUCCAACCAUACUCCAACUGUUACGAAACAUAACCCAUGGCUGAGAGUCAUAGCGGUGAUUGGAGGACAGGUUAAUGCACGUGAUAUACGCGUAGAUUGUUUGAAGUUUGAAUGGCGGUUUGCGUAACGAGUUUUUAGGCGUGCGUACCUGGAGUGCAUCGAAAGUUUAAUAACCGUUGUUUUCUGACUAUUAUAAGUGGAUAUAAUUGAACCGAGAGUGAUAUUUGAGGCGGAUACCACUAUGAAGUCCUUUCGCCCUAAGCCUCCAACCUCCGCAAGGAAACCUACAACUAGGCCAAGAGCUUACAACUUGACAAGUCGAGACCCGGUUCAGGUGUAUUGUCGAAUAAGGCCGAUGCAAUAUGAGUCGGACACGUCUUGCAUGAAGGUGAUAUCUCCCACAACUAUAGUGAUAACAUCACCAGAGUCAGCUGCCAACUUCAGGAACGGAAAUUACAAGGAAAUUCAAACUACGUUCAAUCAAGUAUUCGUCCCAGAUGUUGGGCAGCGAGAAGUAUUUAAUACAGUGGCUCUUCCACUUAUUGAAAAUCUUGUAAAAGGCAAAAACAGCCUAUUAUUCACCUAUGGAGUCACUGGCAGUGGAAAGACUUACACAAUGACUGGGGAACCCCAGAACGGAGGAAUAAUGCCACGCUCUCUGGAUGUCAUAUUCAAUAGCAUCGCCAACUUUCAGGCCAAGAAGUUUGUCUUCAAACCCGAUAAGCUCAAUGGCUUUGAUGUACAGAGCGAAACAGACGCUAUGCUCGAUCGGCAGAACGAGCUACAUGCUGGCUUUAUGACUCCUCGUCCUGGAAAAUUGAGUCGCAAUCGAAAAGGCGACAGCGAUAGUGACAGUAAUCCAAUGAUUAUAAGGGAAGCGGAUGAAUCACAAGUUUUGCCAGUUGAACAUGAUAAUGUUUAUGCAGUUUUUGUCACUUAUGUUGAAAUAUAUAACAACAGUGUUUAUGAUCUGCUCGAUGACGAGGAUGUUAGGGUCAAAUCUCUGCAGAGUAAAAUCGUACGAGAAGAUGGAAACAAAAAUAUGUACGUUCAUGCAGUUACUGAGGUUGAAGUAAAAAGUGCUGAAGAAGCAUUUGAGGUAUUUCAACGUGGUCAACGCCGACGCCGGGUUGCUCACACAGCUCUAAACGCAGAAUCUAGUAGAUCACACAGUGUCUUCACAAUUAGACUAGUACAGGCACCGCUAGACUGUCAAGGUGAACAAGUAAUACAAGAUAAAAGAGUGAUCUGUAUUAGUCAACUUUCCCUGGUUGAUCUUGCCGGAAGUGAGCGAACAAACCGAACUAAAAAUACAGGUCAAAGACUGAGAGAAGCAGGAAACAUAAAUAAUUCGCUGAUGACACUUCGUUCAUGCCUGGAAAUAUUGAGAGAAAAUCAAACUCAAGGAACAAAUAAAAUGGUUCCUUACAGAGAUUCUAAGCUCACACACCUAUUCAAAAAUUAUUUCGAUGGUGAAGGACAAGUCCGAAUGAUAGUCUGUGUCAAUCCCAGAGCAGAUGACUACGAUGAGACAAUCCAAGUAAUGAAGUUUGCGGAAAUGACCCAAGAGGUACAAGUCACCCGACCGACAGCCACGAAAUUGGACCUUGGUUUUACACCUGGGCGGAGACAAGCCAACAAGAUAUUCAAAGAAGCUAAAAGUAGAUUGGAGAAAGAGAGGCGACUUGAUACUGGAGAUCUGGACGUGGAUCUAGGACUAGUAUACAGCUUGGGAGGUCCGUUCCCAGAAUUGGAAAUAAAUAGUCCACUCAACGAUCAGAUAAUCACUACUCUCAUGCAAUUCUUGGAGCAGCGCAUCAACAAAAGAAAUAUCUUACGAUCAGAUCUGGAACAAAAACAAACGGACUUCAGAAAAAUGCUACUAACACUGGAGCAGGAAAAUAUGACUCUAAAAGUUGAAAAUGCAUCUGCAAAAGCAUUUAAUAACCAGGAGAAAAAGAAGGUUUCAGCUUUAGAAGGUCAUAUUUGUAAAACAGAGGCACAGAUAGAUAGCUUACUCCGUAAAUUGAACAGUGCCAAUGAUACAAUAAGAACGUUGCAACAAGAGCUAAAAGAUAGAGACAUGGUGCUAAAUCAACGAGUAAUAGAUAAGCAAAGAGUAAAGCAAAAAUACAACAGCAAAAUUCAGGCAGAAACUGAGAAAAUGUCUCGAGAAUUGGAUAUAAAACUGCGACAACAGCGGCAACAUUUACAGAACCAAAUGAAAGAAAAAGAAGACAAACUGCGCCUUGUAAAGCAAAUUUUGGUAGAUGAAACAAGUGGCACUUCACUGGGAAUUCCUGUUAAAGAUACUGUAGCUGUACCCCAGACUCCUAGUGACACUGGUGCAGCUGCAACGCCAAGAUCUGGAAAUACUCAUGUAUCUCGAAAGGAUAAAGUGCCAGUGGCAAAUCUCAGACACAGACGAUCACAGAGCGCCGACAGAUGGGUUGACCACAGACCCGGAGCUUUAGUUCCUGUUGGCACUGUUCUUCAACCUUUGAUGAAUCGUCGUCGCAGCAUUACUCGGCUCACUGAUCCAAAAGCUAUCACUGAAGGAGCAUCCCGAUAUUGUCUAGUAGCCCAAGAACACGAUACCGAUGGAGAGCUGGAAACUAAACUGUACAAGGGUGACAUUGUUCCAACGAGUGGUGGUGGCGCUCAAGUAGUAUUCAACGACGUUGAAUGUUUGAAGCAGAUGUCUCCUACAGCGAGGAGAAAGCGUAGCGGAGCUCCAAAUUCCCAAAUUAACGGACACACAGAUUCUUCUGAACAUUGUUCUACAGCCGUAGAAGCUCACACAAAAAGGCCUCGAAUGUAGAAUGUCGUUAUCUUGCCUCUCUCCUAUCAUCAAUCGAGUAACAUAUAUGAAGACUGUCCUGUUAAUUUAACUGAAAAAUUAUGAUAUUUCCGAAGUGACCUCGCAUAACAGACAUAUCGCACUCCCAGACAAUGUAAUCGUUGACCUCUACUUAUUUUAAUUCUUUUCAUAAUCAUAACGUUGAAAUUUAAGUUAGUGGUUUUUUUUUCUUCACUUAGUUUGUUAUGUACUUCUUGAAUCGUUAUUUGCACACUUAUGUUACUGGUAUGAAUCAGUAGUCUGUAGGAGAAAAAAGAAAUAAUAUAGUUUUAAUUUGCUAUUAAAUUUCAUCAUAAUAGCACAAGAGAAAAAAACAUUAACACGGAAUUGAAUUUUAUUUUAGUUGUAUUCGCAUACUAAUUAUCGAGUUAGUAGGAUCAUUUCAUUUUCCAAUACGUUUAUAGUAAUUUUAUAGAGCUAUGAAGAAUUUAUGUUCAACAUAAUGAGAAUGAUACAUUUUGAUGAAAGUUUUGUCAGACAUGGCAACAGAAGUGUGUUCAUGAUAUAUUCCACUGAUGUAGUAUUACAUACAAUAAAUGCAACUUCAAACAUUUUUUUGUAGAACGUUCCACUUCUUUAGUUUUAAUUAUGACUUGCACAUCAUACCAGAAUGUUACUGUAAAUUGAAUACUAGUCAUAAAGUUGAAGCAGUUUCAUAGAACCACUGCACGAAACAGAUAAAAUCGUUUCAGAUUAAGUUGAUAUAUUUAUGAGUUUUAUUCUCGGAUCUUUAGGAAUAUUAUGAUUUAUCGAUACAAGUAAACAUUUUCGGGGACUCAAAAUAAAUAAAUUAAUCUCUGAGUAUAUUAAAAGUCUUACUUAGUUUUCUUCAAUUUUUUUUCAGUCAUUCAACGCACUAAAUACGCCUUUGACAUUCUUAUUACCAAUGUACCGUCAAACUGUUUUGUAAGGUUCAACAUUAACCAGUGACGCUCUAAAACUGUUUUUCAUUGAAUCUACGCAUGAAUUGAAAAUGGUAAUUACAAUCCCUAUUCCGCUAGUUGCAUUGAUUGAGCAUUCUCUUUAAAAACCAGGGAAACAUAGUAACUAUAUUUAACAACACGUUUUACGAGGUAAUAAAUAAAUACUAAUUCUUGAUAAAAAAUUUCUGCCAUAAAUUCGACUAAUGAAGUGUACGGUGAAUCGCUUCCGUAUUUAUGAGAAAAGCUAGUUGUCACAUUCAAUCAAAAUAAUAAAAAAUGUUUUUUUCAUAAUAUACAUGGAUUUUUGAUGCAAGAUUCUUAUUGACAAGAAUUUGAAUAAAUAGCUUUUUCAUACACAUAUAAAUUGAUAAAACACAGUCUAAGUUUGAUUCAUUAUAUCCAGAAAAUAGAACACCUGUAAAGAAUAGUGGUGAAAAGCUUCAAGCCAUGAAUGACGUCAUAACAAUAAAACGUCAAUUCACGUCUUUUCUGCCUGUUCUCAAGUGAAAAUUUAUAAAUUCAUGUAUCAAGUAUGGAUUUUAUAAAAAGGCUGCACUUGGCUCUGUCUUUCCUUUUUCUUGCACCCGAUACAUUUCACAAAUGCAAAGAUAAUAUACA